AUGGGUGAAGAUGUGAAUCGAAACCACCAGUCUAGGGCUCUGGGCUAUAUCGGCAACAACUCAGAAUUGGCUUGGAUGCAUAAGUUAGAUUGUGAAUCACUCGAUUCAGUGAGAAAACGCUGGUCUGAAAACAGACGGUCGCUACCGCCUCAAAAUUCCAUCACGCACCUGAGUUACUUUUUGAAUGAAGAACGCAACCUGGAAGCCGAAGUAGCUGAUCCGUUUACAUUGCCAACGAGGCCAUGGGGAAAUUAUCUCAUUCAGACUUACUUUCAGACAGUCGAUCCGUCUUUUCCUCUGCUUGAUAGAGAUUUAUUUGCUUCCCAGUAUGAGCAUGUGUUUGAGCAGAACAAAUCGAGACCAACGAAAAAUUGGCUGGCAGUUUUAAACAUUCUAUUUGCCAUUGGUUCUAGAUACUAUCAGUUGUCUCAGCCAGGUCCUAACAAUUAUACGGAUGACCAUGUGUUUUUCGACAGAGCGACAACACUGAGCUCUAUUAGUGGAAGCGUAAAAUGCGGACACGCCGAUAUUCAGCAGGUGCAAAUUGAACUGUUAGCAUCUAUAUAUUAUCUUGCAUCAUCACAAAUCAAUAGAUCUUGGAAGAUGGUUGGUAUUGCAGCCCGUUCAGCUAUCGGACUGGGGAUCAAUCAACAAGCCAUUGGUGACAAUAUAGAUCCAACGUCUAAGGAGACUCGUUGUCGCAUUUGGUGGUCAAUUGUUUCCUUAGAGCAUCAACUCUCCGUGGUCACUGGCCGAGCUUCUUGUAUUGACUACUACUCUUCUGGAACAGCUCCUCCAUCACCAAUCGCCCCAUCAUCAAGCAGAGAUAAUUGCCAUAGAGAAAAUAUGGCUGUCACUAAUCUCGUUGAAGGAGCAUAUGAUGGUCAAUCUCUUCACUGGACUCUCCACGGAACCCAACUUCAGAUACAGCAGCGCCUCCAGUGGUUCGAAAGUAUCAAGCCAACAAAAUUCCUUUGGUUCUUCCAUCUGCUUGAUUUGGAGUUGAUUACACAUGCCGUCGUCAAUAACGUCUACAACGCGGAUGUGUAUCGUGAAGGAUGGGAUGAAACCGCUGCUCGAAUGGCUAUAUACAAGCUGAAGUUUGCAACAUGGCUACGCAGCCUUCAAAAGCCAUAUAAGUUUAUGAAUGCCGAGGGUGCGCUGCAAGUUACGGAUCUAUCUAUAGAUCAAAUAUCUCUCGCCUUAAACUACCUGAGCUCACAAAUCAUCAUUAAUCGACCCUACCUGCCUCACUCAAGAGUAGACAACGCGGGAAUUUCACAUCCACGGUCAACCUGCCACAAGCAAGGUGUGAUUUCUUGCAAAAACGCUGCUUUGGCUAUCUUGUCAACAAUGACUGACAAGCCAGACUUGAACUGGCUGUACAAAGUGACGCCGUGGUUGAAUAUUCUGCAUUUCAUGAUGCAGGCUAUGGCUGUGCUUCUUGUUCAUGCGACCGUGGGAGGCUUCUGGGAAAAGACGGCAGUCAGUGUUAACUCCUCGGGAGAGGAAACAGCCAACUCACUCGAUCCGAAAGUCAUCGAAGUUUUUGCUGGAAUAAAAAAGGCUAUUCAAUGGCUCGCAGAGAUAGCCAAUAAAGAUAUCAGCGCUCAACGUGCCUUCAGUAUUUGCACCAAGAUUAUUCAUCGGUUUGACCCAACCAACGGAUGGGGACUUAGCGAUGUUUCUUCAAUCCCGCAGCAAAAUGUGAAUGACGAGACAUGUUUCAAUCUGCCCUCCCAGUUCCCACCUUCACCAGAUGGGCGUUCAAGUCUCGGGUGGGGUCCUGAUAGAGAGAUUCACGAAUUUAGAGCAGAGCAAGAACCACCACUGUUGAGUCUAGAUCCAGUGUUACUGGCUACUAGUUUCCAUGAUCUGAGCACCAUGUGA